AGCGGAGGGCAGCUUCUGGUUGGUUGUCAGUGGAGCCGCUGCAUUCAAUAUCUCAUGGACGAAACAGGAAGCGAAUAGCCAGUGGCGGAGUAUAAAAUUGAUGAUCAGCAAUCGUUUACCUUUUCAUUUGGCCCGUGUGUGUGUUCCUGUGCUCUUCGCCAGCUCUGCUAAUAAGGAAACAGCAAGCUUCUUGGACGUCCCCUCACAGCUCAUGCACCUUGCGUGACAUUGCAGAGCACACACAGCCGGUCUCUUCUCCACGCAGAUCAACAGUUUUGAAGCAUGGCAUGCAAUCAGGGAAACGGAUCCCCAUCCAAUGGUGGCAAGCCCAGGAAGGUGGCACUCAUGACAGGAAUUACAGGCCAGGAUGGCUCUUACUUGGCUGAAUUCCUUUUGGCAAAGGGCUACGAGGUGCAUGGCAUUGUACGUCGAUCAAGCUCUUUCAACACAGGCAGGAUUGAGCAUCUGUACAAGAAUCCACAAGCUCACACUGAAGGGAAUAUGAAACUACACUAUGGAGAUCUUACUGACAGUACCUGCUUGGUCAAAAUAAUUAAUGAUGUCAAACCUACUGAAAUCUAUAAUCUUGGAGCUCAGAGCCAUGUAAAGAUUUCCUUUGACCUGGCAGAAUACACAGCAGAUGUUGAUGGUGUAGGUACUUUGCGACUACUUGAUGCAGUGAAGACCUGUGGCCUAAUUAAGACAGUAAAGUUCUAUCAAGCCUCAACAAGUGAACUGUAUGGAAAAGUGCAGGAAAUCCCCCAGAAGGAAACCACACCAUUUUACCCUCGAUCGCCAUACGGUGCAGCAAAACUGUAUGCUUACUGGAUUGUGGUUAAUUUCAGGGAAGCAUAUAACCUGUUUGCAGUCAAUGGUAUUCUAUUCAACCAUGAGAGCCCUCGUAGAGGGGCAAAUUUUGUAACCCGAAAAAUUAGCCGUUCAGUAGCUAAGAUUCACCUCGGACAGAUGGAGUCUUUCAGCCUUGGAAAUCUGGAUGCCAAGAGAGAUUGGGGUCAUGCCAAGGACUAUGUUGAGGCUAUGUGGCUGAUGCUGCAAACAGAUGAGCCUGAGGAUUUUGUGAUAUCUACUGGGGAGGUCCACAGCGUUCGGGAGUUUGUGGAGAAAGCUUUCAAGCAUAUCGACAAAACCAUUGUGUGGGAGGGCAAGAAUGAAAAUGAAGUGGGCCGCUGCAGUGAGACUGGGAAGAUUCAUGUGAAAGUUGAUCUCAAGUACUACAGACCAACUGAAGUGGAAUUCCUCCAAGGAGACUGUAGUAAAGCCAAACAGAAGCUGGGCUGGGAACCUAAAGUGCCAUUUGAAGAUCUGGUGAAGGAGAUGGUAGAAUCAGAUCUUCAUCUAAUGAAAACCAAUCCCAAUGCCUAAAAAGGAAAAAAAGUCUGCCACUUGUAUCUGUCAAAGCAGCCAGUGCUAGCUUAUAACAUCUAAUCACUUCUCUACAAAAAGAUUUCUAAUAUCUAUUCAAUAUUUACUUGUGUGCAUGACUGCACAAUCUUUGGAAGUCUGUUGGGAAAUUUACUGGGCAUUCUGUUUCUUUUGUUAUUUUAGGCUUUAUUGUGCAAUCUAUUCAAUGCUGCUGUAUUGUGGGGAAUUUUUGUAUUGCACGUACUUGUCUGAUAAAAAAAAAAGAAUAUGAUCUUUUUCUAUACCUUUUUGACAUGAAUCUUGUUUCUCAAUAAAUUGCAUUUCUAUGAAAA